AAGCAUUCUUUUCUUUCCAAAAUGAGUUUGAGAGAGCUUUUCUUUUAUUGGCAACAAAACUUACAGAAGCAACGACACGACAGCGGUUUGCGUACAAGCGGCCGGUAAUUUUAUUCUGAUUAGAUAUAAGCAUGGCUUGGAAUAGGAAAAUAUUUUUUUCCAUAUUUGCCUUGAUUCUAUUUUGUACAACAUGCAGUUCUCUGACUCCAUCAACUUUUUUAACUAAUGCUGAUCAACAAAGACUGAAAAAAGUCUUAACAUCAGCUUUUCCUUUGAAUGAUCUUACUACAGCACACUAUGCAGUUCUUGGAUAUACACUUCUAAAGGAAAAAUUGCCUGAAGACCCAUGUAAAUUCUUUGAUUCUAAAAUUGACAAAAAGAAAUUAGAUACUGUUUUUCAUGCUUCAAGUGGAAGUAAAUUGCUGCCUAAUUGCAAGUUGACUGUUACUGGCUUACAACAAACAUUAGAUGCUGCUAUUUCCGAAGAUUCUUCAAUGCAGGAUAUAUACUAUGCUGUAUUGUCUUUGCAUAACCUUAAUCUAAAAAUUGACUCUACAAAGGUAGCAAAAGUAAUUACUGCUCUUCUAAAGCGAGAUGAUAGUGUUGUAAACCUUGGCUAUGCCUUUAAUGUUGCUUCCGUGCUCCAAAAAGAUUUUAAACCAUUUUUUGAAAGAGUUGAAGAUGCUGUUGUUCAAGCUGAUGAAGUGGAUGGGAAAUACUUACAAUUUGAAGGUGGAUUGGGUAUUACAGCCACCACUAUUAUUGGUGUUUAUAAACUUGCUGACGUAGUUAAAGCUGCUCCAGCAAUGACUGCGGAUCAAGCUAUUAAGUUUGCUAAUUAUUUCUUGAGCAGAAAAUUCGUACAAACUGUUAAAGGAGCUGCUCAACUUCUUGAUGUUCUAAGAGUAUUUACAACAAACAAAUAUCACAUUCCUGUUGCCGUGACCCUUGCCAGUAAUAGUGCCUUAUCUGAUGAAAAUCCAAAUAUUCAAGUACGCAUUACAAAUGUAUUAGGAGUUUCACUUGGCCCUCUAACCGUCACAGUGGACGCUGCUAAAAGGCUUGGUGAUGAUGCUGUUGUUAUGAGCAAAAAGGCAUUUCAACCUGUCAAAGGCAGCAACAUAUUGUACACUUUGAACUUUAUGGAUAUCAAGCCUCUACGAGGAUUUUAUACUGUUUCAAUAAAUGCUGUUCCAAAUAAAGCAGAUCCUAAAUUGAUUGGAAAUACUGGAGCACAAAUUAGCGUGAAGGUUAUGACUGAGGUGACUGUUGAAGCAGUAGAAAUUGCAACAGCUUUUACUGAUCAAGUAUCUUCAGCAAAAUCCACCAGCAUUGCAUAUCCAAACGAAAAUGUAAACCUUGAUGUGGAUGUUCACCAAAAAAUAUCUUUGAAAUUUUCUUUAAAAGACAAAAAUGCAAAAUCACCAAUGAUUGCUCAUCAGGCAUUUGUGAUGUUUGUUAAUCAGAAGACAAAACAAGAAGUAGUAUUCCUUGCAGAACCAGAAUCUUCAAGUGGUGGUUACAAAUUUGAUUUAGAUGUUAAAUUAAAAGAAAAAGACUUCCAGUUUGCUUCUGGUGUGUAUGAUAUGAAUUUGAUUAUUGGAGAUCAUGUUUUGAAGAAUCCAUUUAUGUGGAAAUUGGGAGAAGUUAAAUUUACCUUUACACCUACUGGUCCAGCUCCUGCUUAUGAAAGCCCAUUUGAACCAAAGCCAGAAAUUAAACAUAUGUUUAGAGAAAAAGAAAAAAGACCACCAUCAGUUGUUUCUAACACAUUUUCUGUCUUAUGUGCUGCACCUUUAUUAUUGUUAUUCAUUUUGUGGAUCAAAUUAGGAGCCAACCUGUCCAAUUUCCCAUGUUCAAUAUACGCUGCAGGUUUCCAUUUAGGACUUGCAUCUAUUUUUGCACUCUUCGUUUGCUUCUGGUUGCAACUGGACAUGUUUAGCACUUUGAAAUACCUUCUAGGAUUGGGUCUUCUUACUUAUUUAUCAGGUCAUCGAUUGCUCAGUAAAUUAGCUGCAGAAAAAUAAAAAAGUCAUUCCUUCACACUUUUUGACAUCUAUUCAUCUGAAGAGACUCGGUUGUUGCUGCAAAGCAGUGUUUUGAUACAUUUCAGAUGUCAAAAUUUGUGGACUCAGUACAAUACUUAUAAUAAGUGGUCUGUAAAAAGAAGGAUCAAAAUAAAUGUGUUUUUUUAUACAAA